UGCAUGAAAGGCAUGCAAAUCGCAAAGCGUAUUUGCAUGAUAAUAUGGUAUAAAUACAGGGGAAGCAAUGACCUGUUCAUCACGUCUAGCACUACCUAGCAGACACAAGUCUUAUAUCAGACGUUAUAAGCAUGUCUUCAGAAGACCAAAGCGCAGAGAAUCAAUCGUCGAGCUCGGCUACAAUCACUUCAGCUUUGAUCGAUCAAUUUAAAUCUUAUCUGGAUUGCAAAAUAGACAGCCUUUCGUCGGGCCUGAGUAUUGUGAAUUCAUCUCAAACUAAAAAGCUUGAAAGACAAGCAGAAGGCCGCGCCUUAAAAUUUCCCGGCAACAAAGAUCAGUUCCUGUUUAACGCAGAAGUGCAUGAUUUGCUCGACGAAUCCGUGGUUUUGAUAAAGAAACAAGAUACAGAUUCAGCAUUGACCAAAAUAGAAGCAGCUGAGAAUCUCAUACUUCAAAGGCAGAAGAAGAUCAAAUUAGCCGAUAAGAGCGAAGCUGGCUGGUUGGCUGUUAAAGAAUACGAGGCGGAGGAAUUAGCUAGCGAUUCAGACGACGAGAAAAGAAUAAAGAAAGCCCAGGAAUCAGCACUUAAGAAACGCAGAAAUAAUGCUAUUAAGAAAGACAAAGCAAGACAAUCAUCUUAUCCGCCUUAUUCAUGCGCUGAUGCUGAUAAGCGGUUUUUUCGAGGCCGUAGAGUCCCAAAUCCAUCAGAUAUGUGCUUCCGAUGUGGGAAGAAAGGGCACUGGAGCAAUAGCUGUGCAAGAUUUGGAUUUUCAAGGCCGAUGCAGCAGCCAACUUCAGGAUUCCCACACAGGUCCGCAGCCACGUCCAAUCCCCCGGAACGAGGAGUUACACCUAUCUGAGCAACAACUGGAUGAUUCAGAUAUCUUACAAGAUAAUUAUGAUUUGAUUCAGGUACAACGUUUUAUUGACGCAUGUGAACUUGAAGAGUUUGUGAGUGAAAAAACCAGCGUGCUACCAAUAGUUAAAGGCAGACUUAGUUCGCAUAUCAAAUUCUGGGAGGACAUUGGGGCUUCCGAAUUUAUUUUAAAUACCAUACGAACUGGAUACAAGAUUCCAUUUUACACCUCACCAACCCCCAAGUCCUUUCCUAACAACCAAUCAGCCUUAAAUAAUUCGAAAUUUGUCAUUGACUCCGUAUCAGAGUUACUA